UCGCCACCUCCUCUUCCUCGCGCAGUGAUGCAACGCGCUCCUCUCCUGUGACGAGGCGAUGGAUGAUUUAGAAAAGUAAACAACAGCAGCUGUCUUCUUUUUGUUGUUUGUUUGCACCGACGAGGACAUUUGGAGGCAGAACCGCGGCAACGCCACUGGCGACACAACACGACACGCCAUGACCCUGCCAAACCGGCCGACGUGACCGGUGCGAUUUAAGAGACGCGCGAUUGAACGCACGACAUGGACUGGGUCAACGACGAGCGGGACCCUCCCGCGGCCGCGAACCUCAGUUACCAUGGCGACAGCUACGACGACUCCGCGGCAGACGCGGCGGCCCCUUGGGCGGAAGGGCCCGCCUUCCCCGAAGACCCCACCCAACUGCCCGGCGUGCAGGUGAGUGCCGGGUCGAUGCCUGAGCGGUCUGCGGCCCACCGACGCCGGCGUGUUUCUCGCUCGUGGCAGGUCGUCCUGAUCGCGGCCUACAGCGCCAUUAUCCUGCUGGGGCUCGUGGGGAAUUCUCUGGUCAUCUACGUCAUCUAUCGCUUCAAGUCGCUGCGCACCGUCACCAACUUCUUCAUCGCCAACUUGGCAGUCGCCGACCUGCUGGUGAACGCGCUGUGUCUGCCGUUCACGCUGGUCUACACGCUUCAGGGCGAGUGGCAGUUCGGCGGCGCCCUCUGCUUCCUGGUGCCCUUCGCCCAGGGCCUCGCCGUUCACGUUUCUACUCUGACCCUCAACGUCAUCGCGCUGGAUCGCCACAGGUGCAUCGUUCACCACCUGGAGACCAGGAUGCGGAAGGACACGUGCUUCGGGGUCAUAGCGCUCACGUGGCUGCUGAGCGCAGCGCUCGCCAGCCCCCUCGCCAUCUUCCGAGAGUACGGAUCCUUCACGCUGGGACCGGGACACAGCAUCCAGGUGUGCACAGAGAAGUGGCCCGGCUCCAGCACGGACGGGACGGUCUACAGUGUCGCCAUGCUGGUGCUGCAGUACUUCCUUCCGCUUGCCAUUAUUUCCUUCGCCUACGCCCGCAUCUGGUCCAAGCUGCGAGGUCACGUCAGCCCGGCAGAGGGCGGGGGCGACGGAGCGUCCGCGGGGUCCGAGCGCCACCGCCGCCGCCGCAAGACCACCAAAAUGCUGGUGACCAUGGUGGCGGUGUUCGCCGUCAGUUGGCUCCCCUACCACGCCUUCCAGCUCGCCACCGACAUCGACAGCAGCGUGCCGGACAUGCCGCACUUCCGCCUGCUCUACACCCUUUUCCACGUGGUGGCCAUGUGCUCCACCUUUGCCAACCCGCUGCUCUACGGAUGGAUGAACCGCAACUACCGCGCUGCCUUCCUCGCCGCCUUCAAGUUCAGGUGCAGAGGGGGGCGGCGUGCGCGCAAAGACGCAGGAGGCGGAGGGAGGACGAAGAUGGCAGAGGGGAGGCGGGAAGUCGCCUCCACCUGCCUCAACGCUACUGACGUGUGAACAGAAGGUUUCCACAUCCAUCGCUUGAUUUUCUUUAUGGGGAAGCUACAGGCUAUUAGGGCGGACUUUGGCCCAGAGGCUGAGUGCAUCCUGGACUCGUCGCCAGCCAAUCACAAGGCACAUAUAAACAAACACGCAUUCAAACUCACAUUUGCACCUUUGGACAAUUUAGAGUAACUCACAUCCGUGUUUUUGGAAGGUGGGGAAGUACCUGGCGGAGCCAAGAAGAAACCCUGAACCUCAGAAGCGUGAUGCAGAUGUCCAUCCAUCCAUUUUCUCCUCACUAGGGUCGCGGGCGUGCCGGAGCCCAUCCCAGCUAUCAUCGGGCAGGAGGCGGGGGACACCCUCAACUGGUUGCCAGCCAAUCGCAGUGAUCCAGAUGUGCUAACCAUUUCUUCACCACGCUGAUGUUUGUUUUUAAAUAAUAAAGACAAUCAAGUCAC